UGCUGGCUGGGCCAGGCGCCGGGCCUGGGCGGGGAGGAGGAGCGGCAGCCGGCGGGGCGGAGCGGCGGCUGCCAUGAGCUCAGCCGGGGACCGGCGGCGAGGUGCCGCGGAGGUGAUGCUGCGGCCGGAGGAGCCGCCGGAGCCCCGGGCGGGGGCGGGGGCUGCGGCUGAGAAGAGCGGGGCUCGGCGGCUCGCCCCCUACCUGAGCCCGCCGCCCGGCGAGGAGGUGAAGGACAUGGAAGAGACGAUCGAAGAGCUGUUGAGGAGGCUGGACGAGUUCUGCGGGAUAACGGACGCGAUUAGAAGUGAUACAUCAGAGAUCCUGGACGAGACCAUUCCACUUAUUAAAGACAAGGUGAUGGAAAUGAAUCACAUCUAUGCCAAAAUUGAUAAAUUAGAGGCUUUUGUUAAAAUGGUUGCACAUCAUGUUUCCUUCCUAGAAGAGCAAGUGCUUGAAGCAGAGAAGAGCCAUGGCACCUUUCUUAAUACUGUUUGCAAAUUAUUUCAGUGUGCAACUAUCUCGUCAUUUAAAAACAGACAUCCUCUAUCAGCAGCACGCCCCUAUGACCUGCCAAAACUCUACCGAACUGAAGACUUUUUUCCUAUGAACUAUGUAGGUACUAAGUAUCAAAAUGAUUAAUUUUUGACUACCAAAAGGUUUUUAGGAAAGGCUGUCCGGGUGUAUUCUUACGGUUCGUACUUUAUGACAUUAGGAAGAAGCAACUGUUCCAUUUCAGAUCUUUGGCUAGCAUCUCUAAGGGAAGCUAAAAAUUUCUGAUCAUAUUGUAGAUCACAUUUAUGCUAAGAUUUGAUCACAGUAGUUUGCCCUUACUUGAUAAGCUUCCUAAAUCAAUUAAGAAAAUGUAUAAAAACUCACUUUGUUUACCUUCACAUUUUUAUACUUAAAAUGAUCAGAAGGUUGAAGAGUGCUGCAGUAUAGCACGUUAAAACUGUCAAGUAAUGUGCUAAUACUGCCAGCUUCACAAAUGUACAAAUGUUCAGAUUUUACAAGAGAACGUGAAGUCAAUGUCAAAAUCUUAAAAUUCAAUAAACUGCACAUGGCUGAAGCUUCCAGCACUCUAGGAAUAGGAGUUUACAAGCUGUUGUGUAAUAUAACUUGAAUGGUACAAAUAAACUUUCUGCAAAGCUGUUAUGGACCUUUGGAUGUGCCAUUUUGUAAUGCAGAUGCUAUUUAGCCAGGACCAGGAGUAGCAUAGUUCAUCUAUGCUGCUGUACCUUUUUUUAUUUUUUUUUUUUACUUCAAAAUAGGUCUAGGGAAACAAAAACCACUCAAUUCUCUGAAUAAGGAACAUUUGGAAGAGAAGGUUAUAUACUUUUCAGAUGACUGGCUUUGCACAGAGUACAAUAUGGAGAAAUAGAAAUAAAUGCUCUUGUUUUAAAAAUACCUGUGAAAAAACUCAAGAUGGAGGACCCAAUGCAAAUUCUGUAAAGGGGGAAAAAAAAAAAAAGCUUAUGGUGAAAGUAAAGCUACAUGGCUUUGAGUAACCAUGGAGACCAAUGCUUUUCUGAUGCAGAAAUAAAUGAACUCAACCUUUUCAUAUUUAUUAGUGGGACUGAUGAUGAAAGAUAAAGUUGAAUUAAAAUAUAAACCAAUAGAAGACAGACCUAGUCAAUGUCUCUGCCCCUGCAAUGCAGGUUAUUGUAAUGGAUUAUUACAAAUAAGCUGGUAUUACAGAGAAGCAAAUUAGUUAUGAAAGUAACAAAAUACUCUUAGUUAUACUAACCUGUUUCUCCAAAUAUCAGCUGCUUUAUUAACAGAAAUGAACAGACAGUACACACAACAUAUUCCUGAAAUCUUUUGGUUCUGAUAAAAAUUGAAAUAAACUUGUUUUAAUGCCA